CUCUUCUAUAUAUUCAGCUCUCCCCAUACCCACUUUUCUCCCACACAGCCAUAGCCAUUUCUCAUCACUAAAAACACAGCAAUAUGGCUCAUAUUGGAGAUAACAUUGUUGUGUCCAACAAGAAGCUUGAGAGGAUGCUUAGCAUGAAAGGAGGCCAAGGAGAGGCUAGCUAUGCCAAUAACUCCCAAGCCCAGGCUCAACAUGCUCGAUCGAUGCUCCACCUACUCAAAGAAACCCUAGAUGGAGUCCAGUUAAACUCGUCGGAAGUUCCCUUUGUCGUCGCCGACUUGGGAUGCUCAAGUGGCAGUAACACUAUUUACAUCGUCGACGUGAUCAUCAAACACAUGAUCAAGCGAUACGAGGCCUUAGGGUAUGAGGCACCUGAAUUCUCGGCUUUCUUCUCCGACCUCCCUUCUAAUGAUUUCAACAAUCUCUUUCAGCUCCUCCCUCCUUUAGCCAAUCAUGGGGGUAGCAUGGAAGAGUGCCUAGCCGCCGAUAACCAUCGUUCCUACUUCGCUGCCGGAGUUCCCGGCUCCUUUUACCGGCGACUCUUUCCGGCAAGAUCGAUUGAUGUUUUCUACUCUGCUUUUUCACUGCACUGGCUCUCUCAGGUACCAGAAAUGGUGGUGGACAGGAGAUCAACGGCGUAUAACAAAGGAAGAAUAUUCAUCCACGGUGCAAAUGAGAGCACAGCAAAUGCAUACAGCAAGCAGUUUCAGACUGAUCUAGCUGGGUUUCUUAGGUCAAGAUCACAGGAGAUGAAGAGAGGUGGGUCGAUGUUCCUGGUAUGCCUAGGGAGGACUUCUGUGGAUCCCACAGACCAAGGAGGGGCCGGCCUUCUCUUUGGGACCCACUUUCAGGAUGCAUGGAAUGAUCUUGUCCAAGAGGGCCUGAUAACUAAUGAGAAACGGGACAACUUCAACAUCCCAGUGUAUGCACCGAGCCUACAAGAGUUCAAGGAAGUAGUCGAAGCCAAUGGCUCAUUUACCAUCAACAAGCUUGAAGUUUUCAGGGGAGGUAGCCCUCUAGUGGUUAACCGUCCCGACGACGCUGCCGAGGUGGGUCGAGCUCUAGCCAAUAGUUGCCGGAGCGUGAGUGGUGUAUUAGUUGAUGCCCACAUUGGAGAGUGGCUGAGUGAAGAGCUGUUCUCGCGAGUUGAGUGCCGAGCCACAGGCCAUGCAAAAGAGCUUCUGGAGCAGCUACAGUUCUUUCACAUAGUUGCAUCUCUUUCUCUUGCAUAAAGAAGAAGCAAAAACAUAUCCACAUGCAAAAGAGAAGGAAAUACUCUCUCUCUCUCUCUCUCUCUCUCGUGUGUUGUUACUGACUGUAGUUAUUCUUAUACUCAAUGGAUUUUGUGCUUUUCGUGUUCCCUUAGUCAAAACAGAGUAAAUAAAAGUCAGUAAACUCUCUUGAUUUCACUUCCUUUAUGGGUCUACCUAUCUACUAGUAGAAUUUAUGGGUUUUGCUUUUUGUACAUCAGUUUCUUGUGAAAUGC